UGCGCAGGUACAACUCCAGAGUUUAGAAUCAUCGUUUACUCCGGCUCUCCGAGUCCAACUUCAACUUCAUCUAUUGCAGAAGACAAUUCACCAAGCCUUGUGCAAUUUUCCCCAGACAUUAAAGAAAAAGUCUAAGCUGCAGCCGCCGAAAUUGAAGCCUUAUGAUGGCUUGUCUUUGUAGUUGCUUUCAAGACAAGGACCCUGAAGAAAUUUUAGAUGGAUCCAGUCAUAGAAACAUCAGCCAUCAUAAUUCCCCUAUUCAUAAGUUCUUUGAUAAGUAUGCAUCUUUCUUCUGCAAUGGGCAAAUGAAUGCCCCCCCUUUGUCCCAUCAGGAGGUAGCUUCUUCAACUCCAAAUGGGGCACCUGAAACUAUUUUAUCUCCUCCUACAACUUUGGCAUUUCAUUCUGAUUUGAGACAAGCCAAUGUGCAAUGGGAUGGACUUGUAACAGGACACCAAAAAGGUGCAGGCGUUUUGCACAGUGAAACACAACUCAGAGGUAAUAGUAUUCAAAUUGGCCAAGACCUUGUAACUCAGUCAGAUUGCGGAGAGAAAUCAAAAAAAUGUCACUCAGAGUCUCCAAAGAAGAUAUCAUUGAAAAAUAGAGAAGCUGGAUAUGUUUAUGACCAUGCAUUACAAGAAGAGGAGGAUGUUUGUCCUACAUGUCUUGAAGAAUACACUCCUGAAAAUCCUAAGAUUAUGACACAUUGUUCUCACCAUUACCACCUUAGUUGUAUAUAUGAAUGGAUGGAGAGAAGCGAAACCUGUCCAGUUUGUUGCCAGGUGUUGACAUUUGAUGAAACAAAGUAAUCUCAAAUUGCUCACGGCAUGUAAAGAGUGAAGAUGAAGCUACAAUUUCCGAAGCAAAUGAUUUUAAGCAGAGUUUAUGAUAAGUUCUCAUCAUCAACAUCGAUGUGAGAGACAGAAUAGGAUCUAAACUUUCUAAAUACAUGCAUUCUAAGAGAUUCCCUCUAUCUCAUGUUAAAUUCAUUAGUUCAGUUGUUCUUGUUGACUGGAUGGGCUGAAACACCCUUUUUUUUUUUUUUUUUUUUUUUCUGAAUUCUUUUUAGCACCCCUAGUGUUUAUUGUACAUGAGUUCUAAUAUUGGAAGUCCUGGUGAUUUUUUGAAGAAGCUAACCUAUGUAU